CGUGUAUUCAAGUUACUCAACCUCCACCAGUACCACCACGGACAUAUCCCCAGCCUCCCCCAUCCAAUCUUCCAAAUAUGCUUGUUGGAAUUGCGCGUAUAUUUACAUGGCUCGCCGGUAGCUCUGCAUUUGUCCUGUUCAUUUACUACUUCUUGCUACCGAUAAUCUCCCAAACUUACCACGCUUGCCGUGCACUCCGUGCACACCAGUCCGGACUCAUGCUCCGUCUCAACGAAUCCCUCGCUACAUUCAAGGAGAAGCAAGCGCAAUGUUUUGUCAACCUACGAUGUAUAAAGAGGAGCCAGAGUGCGCAGACUGUCAUUCGUUAGAUGAUAUCCUCGCAUGUCGCCGCAAGGCAGGCAUUGACGACGAUGCUAGUGACACCUCAAAAGUCUCAAUUUUACGCUUUGCUAUUGAGGAGCUGACUCUUUCGAAGGAAAGUACCGAGGGAAUAAGUACAGGACCUAUUUAAUCAUCUAGAAGCCAAGCUU